ACGGAGCUCCCAGGAGUGAACCAACUCUCCCUCGGCCUUUGGGGUAGAGACCUGUGCCGCUCUCAAGGUCCAACCGUGAGAACCGCCUCUGCUAGGCGAGAGGAACCGUUCUGAGAAAAGGGCUCCUCCCUUCUUGGUGCGCGCACCCGGCGCAUGCGCCCAUCCCAAUCUGCUAAUCGCGUCCCGGUGCUAGGCAACGAGCGCUCCCAUCCAGGGCCAGAGCAGGCGUCCUCUCGGCAGGGGCGCCGGCGGAACGGUCCCCAGGAUGGAAACGGAAUAUCUGAAGAAGUGCUUUGGAAAUUCCUUGUCCCAGGCACUGGCAGAAGUGGCAAAGGUUCGGCCCAGUGACCCAAUAGAGUACCUGGCUCACUGGCUUUACCAUUACAGGAAAAUAGCUCUAGCAAAUGAAAAGAAUAUGCGAGAACAGAUCCAGCUGAUGGAGGAAUAUGAGAACAGCCUCAAGGAAAAGGAAAUGGCAGCAAUGUUGAAACAAGAAGAGCUUCAGAUUCAACAGAAGUGUGAAGAGUGUCACAAGAAAGUGAUUUCCCCUGCUUUCAAUCAGGAACUAACAGAACCCUUUGAGGAGGAGGCCUUGGAGCAGGAACCCCUGCCCGGUACUGCCAGUAGGAUUCCAGCAGUGCUUCAACAAUUUCCUCCUUCAGAGCUGGCUGAGGAGAUUGAGCAGAACUUGGAAUCCCCAUAAGAUCAAAUCACCAGGAGGCUUUGCCCUGUGAAGUUGCUGAUUAAAAUGCCUCCUGGAGGCUGGGGUUGUGGCUCAAUGGUAGAGCAUUUGACUAGCACGAGUGAGGCACUGGGUUCAAUCCUCAGCACCACAUAAAAAUAAAUAAAUAAAAAUAAAGGCAUGGGCUGGGGAUGUGGCUCAAGAGGUAAUGUGCUCACCUGGCAUGUGCAGGGUGCUGGGUUCGAUCCUCAAGACCACAUAAAAUAAAUAAAAUAAAAGAUGUUGUGUCCACCGAAAACUGAAAAAUAAAUGUUAAAAAGUUCUCUCCUCUCUCUCUCUCUCUCUCUCUCUCUCUCUCUCUCUCUCUUAAAAAAAGGCAUUGGUUCCACCUACAACAAAAGAAAGAGAGAGAGAGAAAGAAAAGAAAGAAAUGCCUCCUGGCUCCAAAUCUCCUUCUUAAUUAUCAGAAUGGGAAGAAUUUGAGUGACCUUUCCCUCAACGCUGCAAUCCAAGAAAAUAGCCCUGGAGGGAGAGCUCUUGCCAACCAAGGUUGCAGGACUCUGAAAGGCGGGAUCUACAGGGCCUCUCUAUCAUUGUCAGGCAGCUAGCCAUGAGAACCCUCAUCAUGUGUAAAUCAACUCAGAAAAUAAAGAUUUUAAAAUAAGGAA